AUGGCUCAUCGCCUCGUCACCCAAGUUGUCGUCACCGGAGCCCGCGUCUUCGGCCGCGCCUUCGCCGAAGCCUACAAGCAAGCUCAGGCGUCGGGCAAACAUGCCGGUUCGAAGAAUGGAACCGGCAGCUUCACCAGCUCCGGUCUGACCCUGGAUGAAGCAUGCAAGAUCCUGAACGUCAAGCCGCCGGCCGGCGGCGAGGCCAACAUCGAGGCGGUCAUGGAGCGAUUCAAGAAACUGUUCGACCUCAACGACCCGCAGAAGGGAGGUAGCUUCUAUCUCCAAAGCAAGAUUCUGCGGGCACGCGAGCGCAUAGAGAUGGAGGUGCGCGAGGCAGAACGAAAAGCCGCCACCGAGAAGGAGCUGCGUGAAGGCUGGAACCCCAAGGUCUACAAGGACCAGUGA